CUUUUGAUCCAUCGCCGUGAAAUGGAGAAAAUGUGACCUUUGGCGACCUGCUUGGCAAGAUCGAUCUGGAUCUGGGAACGAGAUCGCAAAGCCGAGAAAGACCCAGCCCGAUAGGGCCAGGAUCUGAUUGCAAAGCGUCCAGACGGAAUACUUUGGCCGCUGAAACGUUUUAUUUUUGUCCGCUGCCGUGUUUUGACGGGACUGCAGCCCACCAUGGCCGAGCUGGACUCGCCUGGUAGCCAGAGGGAGGUCCCAGGAAACACCGAGCCGCAGCAGCAACAACAACAUGACCGUGAAAAACCGCCGCGGCUUCGUCAUCGCAGCAGCUCGCAGAGAGGUCUUGCUGUUGGUGACAGUAUGGGAAAGAGCCUGCGUGUGGUGUGUGUUACGGGAAACGGCAACUCUCCCGCGGUGUGCGCGCAGGCCGUGAGGGAGCUGGAACGUGCGUGUGCGUCGCAGGAAACUGCCAGCACCAUCCACAGUUUAAAUGGAGACGGCAGCGGCUUGGCGUCGCCAACGACAGGCGGAAUUCAUGUGGAGAAAAUCUCAUUUGAAAGGCUGGACUUCGGAGAAACUAAGGAGCUUGACUUGUUCUACACCGCGGAGGUUGCCGUGGUGGACGUGACGCCUCAGAACCAGCAGGCUGCACUGUUCUACCACCUCGGCGUACGGGAAAGCUUCGGCUGCAACGACAACAUCGUGCUGUACUACGAGACAGGCGACCCAGAGGUGGCACAGUCUCUCAAGUGCAUGCAAAGUUGGAAUGUGUUCCGGAGACACAGUCUGAGAAGCCAGGAGGAGUUGGACGUGGCAUCUUGUUCGUACUACACCUUCAUACCGUACAUGACAAACGAGCGCGGCCGCUGCUACGUGUCGGAGCCCAUGGUUCUCCUGCGCGCAGGGGGGAACGUGGACACGUCACCCCAGGGGGCAGGGGCAGGACAGGGUGUGUGUGUCUUCCUCAGUACAGUACUGAAGAGAGAGCUUAAGGAACUGGCCAGGAAGAAAAGAACCCAAGCCAAGGAUCUUCUCUUGAAUCAGUUAAGGAAGGCACGGUCCAAGCACCAGGGUCAUGCUUUGGCAAAGGAGCUGGCCACACUACGUGGCCGUCUGGAUGACCCCACACUCCUGUCCGGUGACAUCGUCCACAACUUCCUACUGUCUUACAGAGAGUGUCAGGACUACAAUGCCAUGGUGAAGUUGUAUGAAGACCUACAGGCUAUCCCCUACCUAAACAUCACAGACUGUCCCUCCAUACAACACCUGUAUGCCUUUGCCUUGAACAGGCGAAACAGGCCAGGUGACAGGGAGAAAGCACUUGACAUUAUCACACAGAGCUUACUUGCUCUGGUAAAACAUAAAACAAACGUCAGCUUUGGGACCAAGAAGGUGACAGCAGAACAGUUGAAGGAGGCCAUAGAAAACUCUGAUGUGCCCGCGCCUGAUCUGUUGUGCAUGUGCGGACGGAUCUACAAGGAUCUGUUCCUGGAGUCAGAGUGUACCAACAUGGAGGCCAGGGAAAAUGCCAUUCACUGGUAUCGGAAAGGUUUUGAGGUACAGCCCAACACGUACGCUGGCAUCAACCUGGCGACUCUGCUUGUUGUGUCUGGUCAGGACUUCCUCAAGUCUCCAGAGCUGCAGCGAGUUGGUGUGAUCCUGAACAACCUGGUAGGGAGGAAGGGCAGCCUCCCGUCCCUGGAGGACUACUGGGAUGUGGCCACGUUCUUCGAGAUCAGUGCCCUGGCACAGGACUACAGCAAGGCUAUACAGGCGGCAGAGCAGAUGUACAAACUCAAGCCACCCACAUGGUACCUGAAAUCCACACUUGCCAACAUCAAACUUCAAGACAGAUUCAGGAAGGACAAGAAAAUGUCCAGAGAAAGAACAUUGUUUGAGUUUUGGGUAGAAGUGUUUGUGGAGGCAACAAAGGAAGAAGAGUCCAACGAUGUUCGCUUCCCAGUCCUACUGCUGGAGCCGACCAAACUGUUCAUGCCCUCGUUUGUUACUGUCAACACAGACAGCUCUGAAAAGUCUGUCCAUCUGUGGCAUGUGGCUCCGCCACCUGACAGCAAGGAGCUUCAUGACUGGAAAUUUAGUGCAGCCUCCAUCAAAAGUAUUAGUUUGUAUAAGAGAGACGACCGGUGCGUGUUCAUGUACAUACAGGAGAACCUGGAUGACUUCCAACUCUUCUUCCCUGCUGAUCAUCUCAGACAAAGAUUUUAUCACCUAGUAACCAGUAUGACAGAGGAGUCUCCUGAAAAGGAGGAGGCAGAUAAUGGGCCAGACCUGCUACAGUAUGAGUAUGAGUUUGAAGACAAUGGCAACAGAGUGGUAUUGGGGAAGGGCACAUUUGGUGUGGUGUACGCUGCCAGGGACCUCAACACUCAAGUCAGGAUCGCCAUCAAAGAGGUCCCGGAGAGGGAUUCAAGCCAAGCAGAGCUUCUCCAUGAGGAGAUCAGACUCCACUCCCGUCUGAGCCACAAGAACAUUGUGAAGUACCUCGGGUCUGUGAGUGAGGACGAAGUCAUCAAGAUCUUCAUGGAGCUGGUGCCUGGAGGGAGCCUGUCAUCCCUGCUGCGUCAGAAGUGGGGACCGCUGAAGGAGAAUGAAAAUGCCAUCAUCUUCUACACAAGGCAGAUUCUGGAGGGUCUCAAGUAUUUGCAUGACAACAAGAUCGUCCACCGUGACAUCAAGGGGGACAACUGUCUGGUCAACACGUACAGCGGGGUGGUCAAGAUCUCCGACUUCGGCACCUCCAAAAGACUGGCUGGGAUUAACCCCUGUACCGACACCUUUACUGAUGGCGAGUAUGAAUUCGAGGAACCCACAGAUUACCGAUAUGUCGCUGCCGUUGCAGCCAAGAAAAUGCUUACCCCUGGCACACUGCAGUACAUGGCACCAGAAGUAAUCGACCGAGGACUGAGAGGCCAUGGACCACCAGCUGAUAUCUGGUCCUUGGGCUGUACCAUUGUGGAGAUGGCCACAGGGAAGCCACCUUUCAUUGAGCUCGGGAAUCCCCAGGCUGCCAUGUUCAAGGUGGGCUACUACAAGAUCCACCCUGAUAUUCCAGAUGUCAUGUCUGACAAGGCCAACAGCUUCCUUCUCAGGUGUUUUGAGGCAGAUCCAGGGAAACGGUCCACAGCUGGGGAUCUGCUGACUGAUCCUUGGCUCAACAGGAAAAAGUCAAAAGUUUCUAAAUCUAAAAGUCCUCAUGGGCCUGGGUUUGAUCGCAGUAUUUCAGUCUGUGAGCGCAGAGGUAGUGGACCCAUUACAUGGGCUCGAUCAUCAUCUAGUGAUGAGUGUCAUGAAGUUGGCUCUUAUGACAAAAGGAGGUCCUCCAUGGUAGAGGUGCCUCGUAAACUGUCAUACUCUCCAGGUGAUGUGCAUCCUUCGCCACCUGUCAUCGAGCGCCACAGGUUGUCUCUGGACCUACCCAGCGUAAUGGAACAUCCCAAUGGCAUGCACCGAUGUGACACAUUUGCUGGUUCCUCCUCUGAUUUUGGGUAUGGCAGUAGUCCCACUUCCAUCAGUCACCUGCGCACCCCCAGCCCACUGCACAGCAGUUCUGACGGGUCCACAGAUGCCAUGGACAGGCCCAGGUUCUUCCAAGAUGAAAACACAGCAUCAGGUCUAACUCCGUUCUACAACCUGAGAAAAGAGAGUGAGAGAAGGUCCACUCUUGUCAAAGUACUGGAAGAAGAUGAAGAUAAGGUGUGUGCAAGCUGGCUGCUCAGGAUAGAGCAGGACUCUGCCACCAGCGUCCGUCUUUCCAAGACACACCUGGUUUACCUGAUCGAGAGUCUCAGACAGUACAUCAAGGACCAGGUGGGGUCUAUCCUGGCCAAGGCCAUAGGCACAAUGAAGCAACAGCUAGAGUUUGACUCCCAGGCAAUGAAUGAGGUCCAGAUAGCUCUCUACAUCUUCCAGGAUGUUGUGUUUGAUUUGUUGAAGGAACACAAUAUCCAGCCCCACUGGAUGUUUGCCUUGGAUGACCUGGUGAGAAAUGCUGUGCAGCUGGCCAUCACAUACAUCCCAGACUACGCCAACCGUGCCCCACCAACAUCAGCAGCAGCGGCAUCGGCAGCCCCUGUCCCUCCCCACCCCCAUCCCCACCCUCAGCACCACCCUCAGCACCACCAGCCUGACGGGGCCAUGGCACCCUCGUCAGAGGAGGAGGGAGGGAACACGUCGGGAGUGUCCACCCUGAGCUCCACACGCUCGCAUGACCACCACCUCCUGUUCGCUAACCAGGCCACUCAGCUGGCCCUACAUGAGCAGGUCAGCAGGCUGCAGCUGGAGAACAGGAGACUGCUGGAGGAACUGAUGCAGAGUGAGCGACAGUACAAUGAGCUGUUACACAUGCAGGUGGUGGACAGGCAGCAGAUGGUCAGGCAUCUACAAUCUGGAGCAUCAGGGGAGCGUUCACGGCACUCGUCAGCUGGGAGUGCCAGUGUGAGUGUGACGAGUGUCGGCAGGGCGGUGAGGAGAGAUGCAGAGCUGGACAGAUGGCUGGCUGACCUGGGUCUGGACACCACCGUGGCAGACAGGUUUUUUGAUGAAGAGUACAGUCUGCACGAUGUGUUGGAACUGAUGACCAGAGAUGACCUCAGGCAGCUGAACCUCAGGGGAGGGAUACAGCUGCGGAUCUGGGAUGCAGUCCUCAAGCACAGGACUGGAAGAGCCAGCCCAGAGGAGAAGCCUGGAGAUCCAGACUAAAUAACUAAGCAAUACAGCCAAACUGCUCAAGAAGACCACUCAUACAGGUGACUCUUGAAAUCUUGUCUAUGUGGACAGGUGGUCACUAUAUAUACUAGUAGACAGAAUUUUCGAAAGCUUGUGUCAAUGAGAAAACAAAAA